UACCGGGCUUUUUUCUUGUGAAAUGAAGCUGAAAAUCUACGGUUCGCUAACAGACCGUGUAGAAGUAUACCUUUAGAGUGUAAGGUUUACACUGUGUAGGACCAUACAACGAACUAGCAUCAAAAACAAGCGUUUAUAAGCGGAUGCGUGUUGAACUGGUAUACAGUAUUCGUUAUGCAAUGUUACUAGUAAUAAUGAAACCGUUCUAAAGUAUUAAAUUUGUUGAAUUGUAAUUUUUAAACGACAAUUUAAAAAAAAUAUUUUUUUUGCAUGUAUAUAAUUGUUUUGUACGAUUUCUUUAUCGUUAUUGAUUGGAUAUUGUAGCCGCGCAAUGGUUAAACGAUUAAAUUUUAAAUAUUUUUUUGCUAUGUGUUUUUAAUAUAGUCGUGAUGCAUUUUUGCAAAAGACAUUUGUAAACUGUAUUGCAAGUUAUUUUAUGCUUUGGCAUUAUAUCCAUGUAAAAUGCAAACGUUGUAAUUUUUUUUAUUUAUACUUUGUUUUUCACAGUUGUGCAAUUUUUGCACUUUUAGGUUUUUAUAACUGUAUUGUAGGCAAUAAUGGACGAACGUCGCCCGCCACCUUACGCACCGAAUGCGUAUUCAAACAUAGAAGUACCCCAGCCAAUGGAACGCUUAGCACCAGCUCCUAGUCCACCAUCCUUUCACCCCCCUUCUGCUCCUAAAGUUUUACCAACAGCAAGAGAGCCUAACCCACCAAGAUCCAGCUCCAAUGUAUCAAUGCCGCCCCCCUACCCAGCUAAAUACGUUCCUUCCGUUCCCUUUCCUUUUAUGAGCGGUUACCUUGAAAAAAGCACGGGUGACCACACGGCGCCAUUGAAGUCGCAGUCAUGGUCCAAAAAAUACGUUGAAGUCAGCGAUGGAACUUUACGUUUCUUCACGCUGAGAGAAGAACGCGAGGACACAGGCGUUGUGGUGCCACUAUCGGAGUCAUUUGUCUCCGUUCAAGCAAAGCGAAUAAUUCGGCUCGAGAGUAAAACCGGGAUCCGGAUAUUUAGAGCGCAGUCGGAAUCCAGGGCGUACCAUUGGGUGCUAACUAUAUCGAGAUACUGUUUAGUGGCGCCGACCGCUGAAGGUUUUUGUAAAAAACUAAGCGGUGGCAAAAACGUGAUGGAAGAUAGAUAUUUAAGGCUCCAUGCGGAUGGGAUCUUAUCAUGGUUUAAAAGCGAGAAGGAAGACGCCGAUUGUAGAGGUUCUAUACAAGUUAGAGGCGAACGCAUAAGUAUUGACCCAAGCAAGUCCCAUGUAUUGCUUGUCCAAACUAAAGAGCGAAGAUAUAUGUUCGAGUUAAUCGAUGCUUUUGAAUGCAACCAGUGGUAUGCCGUCACUUCAUGGCACUCGCAUCGGAGACCGCUUGAAAACACAGCAAUUGCUGUUCGAAAUAAAGGGAGCGUCUCUAGAAAUUAAAUUCUGCAUCAAUGUGUUCGAUCAAAACGAAUCCUGUAUAUGUAUAAGCCAUCAUUUCUUGACUUUCAAGUGUUGACCAGGUUAUAAGACAACUUUAAUGCUGUACCAACGUCUUAGAUAUUUUAUUCAGCUGAAACCAUAGCAUAUUAUAUGAAAGCGAAUCAUGUAGAGGAUAUGAGUCAUACUGAACCGAUUUGUGCAUAAAACAACUUAGCUUACUUUCAUUACACUCAAAUCUUUGCUCUUUCUCGCUAAAAUCUUAUAUGUACAAAACUAUUCAAUUCAUCAAACAUCACAAACCUAUAGAAUUCUAUGUUAAUUUAUCGCAUAGGUUGUUAAGUGUUUACAAUUGCCCGUCACCCAUAUACGUUAUGCAACUAAGACCUCGCCGUUUUUGAUUUCAAUAAAUAUAAAUUCAACGAA